AUUUUUUUUUUAUUCUGUUUGAUACUUUUUUUCAGCUGACUCAGAAAUUAUGUAAGCGGAAAUUUUAUGCUAAGAAAAAGAUUUUGUAAAAAAGUGUAUAAAGGGAAGUUGCAAAAGUUGAGCGUUUAUUUAUAAUUUUAUUCAUGGAAUGGUUAAAGGUAGAUGAUUCAAACAGCCAACUCAACCAAGUUAUCUAAAUAUCCAAGAGAUAGGAGAUAUAAUAGGUUUCAGCAGCCUCAAGACGCUACUGAAUAUAACACUUAUACUGAAAAGGAUAUUAAUUUUGCCAUUGAUUCAAGGUAUACGAUAACUAAGAUAUUAGGUAAAGGAUCAUAUGGAAUAGUUUGUCAAGCAACUGAUUCAAAACCAAGUCCCUUUCAAGCUGAUCCUUAUCUGGUGGCCAUUAAGAAAGUGGCUAAUAUAUUUGAUAAGGAUGUUCUACUUAAGCGGGCCCUUAGAGAAUUAAAAUUUAUGAGACAUUUCAAAGGUCAUAGGAAUAUUGUGGGAUUAAUCGACAUUGAUAUCAAUUAUGUACCACCUUAUGAAGGGUUAUAUUGUUUUCAAGAAUUACUUGAUUCCGAUUUAUCAAGAGUUAUUUAUUCUGGAGUUCAAUUUUCUGAUUUUCAUGUUCAAAGUUUUAUUUAUCAAAUACUUUGUGGAUUAAAAUAUAUUCAUUCAGCUGAUGUGAUUCAUCGUGAUUUAAAACCGGGAAAUAUAUUAGUUUCAACUCAAGGUAUUUUAAAAAUUUGUGAUUUUGGAUUAGCUAGAGGAGUUAAUUCUAAAUAUUUUAGAUAUAAUGCUACUGCUAUAACCAAUUAUGUGGCCACAAGAUGGUAUAGAGCUCCUGAAUUGAUGUUAUCUUAUCAUAAUUAUAAUAAAUCAGUUGAUAUGUGGGCAGUAGGAUGUAUUCUUGCUGAAUUAUUUGGAAGAAGGGCUUUAUUUCCUGGAAAAAAUCAAGUUGAUCAACUUCAUAUAUUAAUUCAAAUAUUAGGAUCACCAACUUUUAGUGUGAUUAGGAAAUAUAAAUGGGGACUUUCUGUUAGUGCUCGUGCUCAAUAUAAUAAAUGUGAUUGGAAAAAGCUUUAUCCAUUUGCUCCAUUAUCAGCGUUAAAUUUACUUAAUAAUUUAUUAGAUUGGGAUCCUGCUAAAAGACUUAAUGUUAGAGAAGCCAUAGAACAUCCUUAUUUAGAUACAGUUAGAAAUUCUGAUAAAGAAGCAAUAUGUAAAAUAUUUGAUUUUAGUUUUGAAAAUCAUUUUACAACUUUAUCACAAUUAAGAAAUUUAUUAGAAGAAGAAAUUUUAUCAUUUAAAGCAGAAAAGAAAUUAUCAAACCAUUAAUUAUAUAACGGUGAUGUAAGUUAAGGCGGGCUAAGGGGGAUUAACUUAAAAGAAAAAGAACAACAACAAUUGUGGAGAAAGGGUUUAUUGUUUAGCGAAAGAUAUUAUUAUUAUUUAGUUGCAAUUUAUUCUUCUUAUGAUAUUUAAAUUUUUAAAAUACAAUUUUUAAACCGAUUUAAAAAGGUUAUAAUUAAGGGUUAUUAUUGUAGUUAUAGUUUAUAAAAUACUUCUGAAUAGAGCUAAAUCUAUAGACAGUAUAUCAUACAUUCUAUAAAUCACUUUCUGAUAGGUACUUCCAUAUCGCUUAUAAAUUACGUAUUGGUGUUUAAAGUUUAGGGAAAGCAUUUCA